AUGACCAGAGGUAAGUCGUACUUAACCACAUUCUUUCAUGCAUCAACUCUUUCAAGGGCGGUUGUGCCCCUGGGAUGGACGACGCUCGUUCAUCCAGAAGGUUCUCGCUACUUUCUAAACGAAAGAAAAAGAACAUUCACAGAAGUGGAUAUGUUUGAUCCACAAAUACACGGGCGCAUCGAAUACCACAUGCAGUACUUGUGGAGUGGGCUCGAGUCCACCGUUAAACGAGACAAGCUUGACCUCGACAUGACGCAGGUGGACCUUGUGCUCGAGCUAAAGAACAACGACGCAUCUGCCAGCUCCGUCACCGUUUGUUGCUACUAUUUUGUCAACCACAAUAGCCGGUGCUUGUUUUGGUUGCACGAGUCUGACGUCAAAGAUGUGCUCUCUGAUUGUAAAGGCGUCAAGAGUCUUUCACACAUACGGCUUGCCAUUCAGGCACAAUACUGGUGUGUGCUACAUUGGGAAUACUUCCCUAACCUGUGCGUAGUUUUACAAGACCAUGUCGAUGAGGUUAAGGAUACGCUGAUGCAUGCGACAUGUGACCACAUGACAUCGAAGCGGUCUUCUGCGCUAGGUGAUGUCAUCGAACUCAAGGACUACAUUUCGGUGGUAGACGGAAUCAAUGUCGGUGCCCUCUCAUUUGUCUAUCUAGCUGUGAUCGAUGAUGACUUUCCAGGUGACAAUCAGUUUAUCAACUUUCACGGGGAGAAUUGCGUGAGGCUGAUCUCUGACAGGACAGUCCAUGGUUGGGCAUACACGCCAUCACUGUUGAUGGUCGUGGUUGCACCCCUCCUUUUUUUGGACCCCGUGACGCAAGUCCAAGAACUGCACAGGGCUUUUGUAGAUGAAAUUGCUUCCACGGCACGGUGGAAUGCACUUAGUUCAAAAUUGAAAGGGCGGCUUCAGGACUCCAAUCUCUUGGCCACUGUCUUGCUCAACGCCAAUGUUGGGUUUCUCGCUAUCAACAGUGUUGAUAGGGGCGGGAGAUCUGCCAUUCAGAUGGCUAGCUACAUGUCCUUGGCGACGAGCUUUGGAAGUAUAAUUCUCGGCAUCUUCUUGGUCUGGCAUGAACGAACCUCUGGAGAUAAUACGGCCAUGGAAGCAGCAACUUUUGCAUUAAGGCUUCACGACAAGAAGCACGGACUUGAAAGUCUGGCCAUAAUUUACAGCGCUCCCAAGGCGUUAUUCAUGUGGGGGAUGAUCUUCUUCUUUGUGGCAUUCUCCAUCAAUUGGUAUGGUGCCGGGGAUACAACUUCCAGGGCCAUAGUUGGCACUGUGAUACUGAUCGUAUUCGCGAUGAUAUCAAACGGCAUCAUUCGCAUCAGGGAAGGAGAAGGCUGGUGGUGGCGUGCAAUUGGCAAGCAACUAUCAUCCCUUCCGGCUUCCGCUUGGAAACGAGUCAUGGAGUUCGUGAAGAUGAAAAGAGGUCGAAGAAGCGAGCCUCAACCCGAUCCUGAAGAAGUCAGCCUUCACACGUUGACACGCCUCUCGCAAGCAGACGUCGAGGCGAAUGCUUCAACUUCACGUAACUUCCAACCAGAAACAUCAGGCGUGGACGGUCACGACAAUCACUCUCACUCCUCUAUCCCUCGAACUCGGUCAUACCAGCCUAAUGCCUCUGUGGUGUCCAGGAAUGAAGGACAAACUAGCAGCAGCAGCAGCCAACGACACGGGCGCCGCAAUAUUGCCUAG